AUGAUUGAUUGUAAUGCAAUACCGAAAUUACCUCGUAUUCAUUUUACUCUUAAUGCAACAGAUUUUUAUUUGGAUGGUCCUGAGUAUGUUUUAGUUGUAAAAGAAUUUAAUAAAACAAUUUGUUUAUCUGGUUUUGCUGGUAUUGAUAUUCCACCACCAGCCGGUCCACUCUGGAUUCUUGGUGAUGUUUUUAUUGGACCAUGGUAUACAGAAUUUGAUUUUGGUAAUAAUCGUGUUGGUUUUGCAAAAUCAGUUUCACCGAAAAAUUCAACUAUGAAAAAUAAAAAGAAGACUUUGUCACUUCGUGAACUUUUACUUUAA